AUGUCCAUUGACACCGAGGAGGCGACAUGUCAAGUACCUGUGGAGCUCUCAGCUGGAUCCGAAUCGGAGGAAGAGCUGAACGAUAUUGCCGAGCACGAGCUUGAGGACGACUUCGAUCCACACUUCCACCGCGAAGGCCAGGCGACACCGAUGGUCGACAUUGCCGGUCCAGCAUCCGAAUCACAACAUCAGCAGCCUCCAGCAUUCAGCAGAUGGGUCAGCAAACUGCGCAGAAAACGACAUAAUCAUCCUCAACUUCUCUCACCGCGAAAAGAACGAUGGACUUUGGACGACUUUGACACUCGAGCCGCAUCACCAGGACAACAAUACCUCAGUCCCGGCCGACAUUAUCACUCCGACUCUCAAGGUUCUUCCGUCCGCUUCGUUACCGCAGUACGAUCUGCGACAGCCACCCUCGCCAGCGCAAGCAUGGCAACAUUGUCCCGGCGCACGACUCGCUUCAGACGAGGCCAUCAGCGGAGCAGCAUCGUCUCCGGGUCCGAGAUACGACUCUCGAUAGAAAGUCGACGGUCUAUCAUCGAUGAAGCGGCAAAACAACGAGCUCGAAAAAGAAGGGAGAAACUUGAAGAGCUGAUCAGGACGGAGGAGAGUUAUGUCGCGGAUGUGAAGGCUUUGUCUAAUGCAUACUUCACCAUCCUCGCCCAUCAACCAACAGCAACAAGCUUCGCCCGCACCUCUACCCAGCGCACCAUCGCCGACAUUCUACAUUUGCACGACGACAUUCUCGGCUGUCUCCAUCGAAUCGUGCCUUUCGCCGAGUACGACCAAACCAUUGCCCGCCUACCUUUACCAUUACGAGCCCACAAUCGAUGGCACAGCAUGGACGCGGUCCCUCAAAGAACGACACCGAAUCGAUCGACGCUUGCUACAAUCCGGCAGGGACGGCGGUCUUUGAACAUCAGUCGAUCUUCGUCUGAUGAUGCACAGGUCGUGUUGCGGUGCAGCCCACAGACGAUCGCCGCGGUGGCGAAAGCGUUUUCGGACAACAUGUUACGAUUCGCGGCCUACGAGGACUACGGCGCCAACUAUGAUUUGAUCCAGCGUGACGUCGACGAUACACAACGAGCGAUUUCGGGAUGGGCGGACUUUGAUAAAGCCAUCGAGGCCAUAUCGGCGCACGUCAAUCCCAUGAGGACGAGGGAGGCGAACCGGAAGAGGGCGAUGACGGUCAAGGAUUUGUUGAUCAAGCCCAUCCAACGCCUUCCAAGGUACGAGCUCCUUUUCAGCGACCUUCACAAACUCACACCCGCGUGCGAUGACCCGAUAUCACACGCCGAAAUCGAAGAACUUCGACUCAAACUGAACUCUGUCUGCCACCGCAUGAAUGCCGCAAAGGAAAAUCCAGCCCGCGCACGAGCACUGGAAAUGACCUGGCUCAUCGGUGACCGCCUCACAUUUUCCAGUCAAGUCCCACGCUCAAUCUUCCUACAACUCCUCGGUCGGGUCUCGCUCUGCGGAUCGUUGUACAUUGCCUACCGCAGUCGGGACCGCAUCAAAGGUGCCUAUGUAAUCUGCGUCCUGUUCGAGUCGUGUCUUCUCCUGGCUUCUUGCGAUGAAGAUCAGUCGAAAUACAGCAUUUUGGUGAGCAUCACAUUGGCCAAUGCAACGAUCGAAGAGACGGAUAAUGCGAAGGGGCUACAGUGCCACACUGCUCCGCAUGCGUGGAAGGUAGUCUUCGAACAGGGUGCGAGGAUGUAUGAACUCAUCUUCACGGCUUGUUCAGCGGUGGAGUCUGAAGUCUGGCGAACACACAUCGCCAGUGGCAUCGAAACUCAGAUUGCGGCUGUCGCUGAAGGAAAGGCGAAUGUCUUCGAACUGCAGUCACCUCUCACGGCAGACAUGAAGAGCAUCGGCAAAGCAUUUGGCAAACCGGGCAGUUUUGUGCGACGCAUGUCCGUCCAGCGAGCAGCGACAAUCGGUCCUACGGCGGACUUGAACCAAGUCAUCAUCAAGAACACGCAAGCUGUGAAGGAAGUGAUGGACAAUUCCUCUCAGGGCUCCUUCCAAAUUCCACGCUCGCAAUCUGUGGCCACUCCUAGCCAUGUACAGACCCUCGCACCACGCCGUGCAGACCGUCAUCGCCUUGAGACCAUCCUCUCAGACGUCUGGUCUCGAGAUUUGCUGCCUUAUCCAGGCAUGGUCCGCCGCUCCGACCCAAUUCGAGCUGGAGCCAACCAUGUCAUUCGGAAAUUCAGCAUGGCGAGCAUCACGAGCAACUUCUCCUCUUCGAAACGCACGGGAAGCUACACGAGCAUGAGUUCCUGGCGAAAGGAAGAUAUGCCGCCACCGCGCAAUCGAGGUGAGAGUGGACGCGAGGGAAGCUCGAUGAGUUCCAGACAGUCGAGACCGCCACUGAUCGACUUUCACACGGCGCCGGAUGCGUUUUUACCGGCGGACUUUGAGAUUGGACGUCCGUCGAAGGAUAAGAGGAAGAGGUCGGCGUUGAGAACGUUUACGAUGACGAUGGAAAGGCCGUUCACGCCGUUGCUGGGGAAUGAGAACAAGCAGUCGGGAUUGAGAAGGGCACAGAGCGUGAAGGAUGUGGUGGAUGAUCAGGCGAGGCCGGGUCCUUCACCGAUCCAGCUGAAGAGGAGGGAAGAAAAGAGAACGGGUACGCCGGUGUAUAGUGUUGUGCAGGAGAGGGCUAGGACGCCGGCGAUGUUGCAUGUUAAGGAUGAGAGUUUGGAGAUGGGGAUGGGUGUUGGUGAGGCGAGUAAUGGUGCUGUUGCGGGGAAGGCGCCGAGGAAGAGCAAGAGUCGAUUGUUACGGCUGUUUGGACAGGAGAGAUAG